AUGGGGACGGGUCGUGUCCUGGGAACUGGGGCUGUGCUGGUGGCACUGGUGGUGCUGGGAGCCCACCCAGCUCAUGGCGAGGAGACCUCAUGUGAGUUCAGACCUUUGUUUCAGGCUGAGUGUCAGUUCCUCAACGGCACCGAGCGGGUGAGGUUUGUGACGAGGAGCAUCUACAACCGGGAGCAGAUCGUGCACUACGACAGCGAUGUGGGGGACUAUGUGGCUGACACCCCCCUGGGUGAGCCCCAAGCCAAGUACUGGAACAGCCAGCCAGACUUACUGGAGCAGAGACGGGCUGAGGUGGACACGUACUGCCGGCACAACUAUGGGGUGGGGACCCCUUUCACCAUAGAGAGGAGAGUUCAACCCAAGGUGAAGGUCUCCCCCAUGCAGUCGAGCUCCCUGCCCCAGACCGACAGGCUGGUUUGCUACGUGACGGGGUUUUACCCCGCGGAGAUCGAGGUGAAGUGGUUCAAGAACGGGCAGGAGGAGACGGAGCGCGUGGUGUCAACGGACGUGAUCCAGAAUGGAGACUGGACCUACCAGGUGCUGGUGAUGCUGGAAACCACCCCGCAGCGCGGGGACACCUACACCUGCCAGGUGGAACACGUCAGCCUGCAGCACCCUGUCACCCAGCGCUGGGAGCUGCAGUCGGACGGCGCCAGGAGCAAGAUGCUGACGGGGGUGGGGGGCUUCGUGCUGGGGCUCAUUUUCCUGGCGGUGGGGCUCUUCCUCUACAUGCGGAAGAAGGUGAGUG